AUGAGAUCCCAAGGUCAGCAAAUCUCGGACCGCUUGACUGUGGAGGUGGACUGCCACUCACUGGGACCAGUUGAUUGUCCCUCGAUGACCUCGAGCUUCUCGCCGUUGGAGUCACCGACACCGACGCCGACCAGUUUAUACAGCCACGGAUCAUUGGCUUCUCCCGGCUGGCACGACGGUGGCCACUACCACAGUUUACCUAUGGAGCGCCGCACAUCAGCGACCCCGCUGCGAAAUGCAUUCCGCAUCACUGAUUUCCCGUCGGCGGAUCCGAUGGGCAUGCAAGUCAGCACCAUGGACCGCCAGGAGCAGUUGCCAAUCUCUUCCGAGUACCUGUCUGGGUACGACGACAUCAAUGACCAGCUGUGGAUUCCGCAUGACUCGAUUCCCAAGACCUUCGAGCAGCCUUCAUUCCCUUACCAAGCGCCGAUGCCCCAGUAUCAUCACACUAUGGGCCGCAACCACUACUAUCGCCCGCAUGCGCAGUCUGCGUAUCUUCCAGAGUCGGCCUCCAACCCAUGCUUGUCUCGGCCCAUGUUCAGUCACCAUGAUCGUCUGCCUAAUUCUGCGUCCAUGUCCAACAUGCUGCCAUGGAUGACUGCUCCCGAGUCUUUGGCUCCUCAGACCAUCACUCCCCAACAGGCGUUCCCCGGCGCGGGCCCUGUCACUCCUCCUUCGUCUAAUUAUUCCGACUUUCCCGCCAGCUUACAGACGUUCAAGCAACACACUCCUUCCACCCCAGUGAGAUCCCUGUCAUUAGGGACGCCUCGAAGCGACACCCCUCAAAGUCGUCUGUCCGCGCAUCACGACUACUCGGAGGAGUAUCCCGUCUCGCCUGUGUAUCGCGAUGGACAUAUGGUAUGCACCCAUCGACAGCCCUCGCGCAAGCCGUCCAAGAAACAAUUACUGCGUUCGCAUCUUAGCCUCGAGAAAUUGCCACCGAUCAUCAAGCAGGUGCAGUUCAAGUGCAAGGAGCCCGGCUGCAAGGGUCGUUUCAAGCGUCAGGAACACCUCAAGCGCCACAUGAAGAGCCAUUCGAAGGAGAAGCCCCAUGUGUGCUGGGUCCCUGGAUGUCACCGAGCAUUCUCACGCAGCGACAAUCUCAACGCGCAUUAUACAAAGACCCACAGCAAGCGAGGCGGUCGCAAUCGUUAUGUCGCUACCCUUGACGAGACCAGUCCUGAUUAUGAUCCCGAGUUCCGUGGACAGCUGACACCGGACGGUCGCCCUAUCUACGGUUCCAAGCUCGAGGAACUCCCUGACUGUGACUUGAGUGUCGAUGGAUGGGAGGACUAG